AUGGGCGCAACCGAGCCGCGCGCCUUCGAAGGUAUCCUGGAGCAUCAUCUUGCCGAACUGGGCGCCGGCCCGAAGGUGCCCGUCAUGAUGUGCGGCAUGGUCGGCAGCCGGCAGGGCUGGCAGGAAGCGCCCUAUGUCGAAGUGCCGGCCCGGCUCGAAACGAUCAUCGAACGCGCGCUGCCCGUGUCCGGCACGCCGCGCGAAGUGCGCAUCCUGCCGGGCAUCGCCGACCGCAGCGUCGAAACGCCCGAUGUGAUGCGCAGCGAGGAAACCCAGCUUCUGGGCCUGGGGCGAAUGGCGGGCAACGGUGCUGAGGGGCUCGUCUGCAUGCCUGGAACCCAUGCCAAAUGGGUCCUGAUGGACGAAGGAGCCACCCAGGUUUCCGGCUUUGCGACGGCGCUGACCGGCGAUCUGUUCGCGGCCCUGUCGCGCGGCUCGGUCCUGCGUCACUCGCUUUCGGGCGAUGCCGGGUUGGAUGGCGCUUCGUUCGACAAGGCCGUGCGCGCCGCCAUCGACGAACCCGCAAGGAUGCUCAUGCGGCUGUUUGCGAUCCGCUCGCGCGCCCUUUUGCAUGGCGCCGAUGCGGCCCACGCCUCGGCCAGCCUGUCGGGCACGAUCAUCGGCCAGGACAUUGCCGGCGCGCUCGCCCGGUUCGGCAAGCCCGAGCGGCUGACGCUGGUCGGCGGCGGCACGCUGGGCGCGCUGUACGCUCGGGCGCUCGAUCUGGUCGGCAUCGCAACCGAUGUCUUCGACGGCGAGGAACUGGCGCGCGCCGGCCUGUUCGCGGCCGCCGUUCGCGUCUGGCCCGACAUGUUCGCCACCGCGCCCCCUGCGACGGCGGCAAACCCGUGA